AUGGAAGCACCGUCAGCAUCGGAGCGGUUCCGCGUUGUCAUUGUGGGCGGUGGCCCCGUUGGUUUGACGGCGGCACACGCGCUGCUCCGGGCGAACAUCGACUUUGUCAUGCUCGAGGCACGUGAUACGUGUAUGCCUGAAGAAGGCGCCAGCCUGCUGGCCUACACCUCGACUCAACGCGUGUGGCACCAGCUCGGGCUAUUCGAGGCGAUGGAGUCCCAGAGCGUGCCCAUCGAGACCAGAACAACCGUGACGCACGCGGGCAAGGUAUACCGUACAGGUUCGCCCGGCCCUGUCCACCGCGAACUAUUCGGCACGCCGCCCUGGAACUUUCACCGGCAAGACCUCGUCCGGGUGUUAUACGACACACUCCCCACCAACGUGCGCGCUACCCGGGUUUUAACGGGUAAGAAGGUGUGCGAGAUCGCGCCCGAUGCGUCAGGCGUUACGGUCCGCUGUGAGGACGGCAGCGUAGAGCGCGGGACCAUGGUUCUCGGUGUCGACGGCGUGCACAGCAAGACGCGCGCUAUGAUGCGGGCACUGGCCCUAGAAACCGGCGCCGACGCCGACUACAUCAACCCAGAGCGGCCGUUCCGGGCGGAGUACCGCUGCUUAUGGGGCACCUGCCCCCGUCCCGAGGCGUGUCCACCAAAGUCCAAUGUCGAGGCCCAUGGCUCGGAGCGUAGCUUGAUGUUCAUGACGGCGCAGGAUCAAAGCUGGUUCUUCUUGUACGAGCAGCUCGAAGCGCCCACCGAUAUGCGCCGCGAUUAUACCGCGUCGGACCGGGAUCAGCUAGCGAUGCGUUUCGCCGGCAUGUCCGUGCUGCCCGGUCUGACCUUCGGCGACGUGUGGCCAACACGCACGGCCUGCGGCAUGGCCGACCAGCUUGAGGGCGUUCUCCCGCACUGGCGCCUCGCGCCAGCCGCCGGUGGACGCGUUGUCCUCGCCGGAGACGCCGUCCACAGGUUCACGCCCAAUUUCGGCUGGGGUUACAACUCGGGUGUCAACGACGUGGCCGUGCUGGCGUCCCUGCUGCACGCCGAGGUGGCACAGCGGGUGGAUGCGCCGCCGCCCUCGGCAGAGGCCCUUGAUGACAUCUUUGCGCGCUACCAGACAGCUCGGAAGGUCGACGACGACAUCGCCAACGUCGCGGCCGCCAGCGGCAGGGUGACGCGACAAUGCGCCCGCCCGCGCCAGUGGGUUCCGGCUGCCAUCUACUGGGUCCUCGAGCAUGUUCUUCCUCUCCUCAUCCCAAACUUCGAGAUCUGGGCAAGCAAGAAUAUACUCGGGAAGAUUGUGCGCCGGGGCCGCGUAAUCGACUUCCUCCCCGAGGAGGCGUCCGCUCGCACCGACGCCCGCGUAUUUGGCGGCUCACUUAAGUGGGAUUUCCCAAUCCCUACCACCUGUCCGGUUGCCGCCGCCGCCGACGACACCGAAAAGGGCGUUGGGUCCGAUUCGGAGUCGAAUGAAUAG